AAACAACAGAGCUCAAAGGAAAGCGAGGAAAGCCGAGAGAAGGAAGGACGAGUCAACAAAAUUAACUGAAACUUCUCCAGCGACCUUUUUGAACGUCAAUUUAUUUAUUUAUUUAUUCACUUAUUUAUUUUCUACUUUUGAGCUAUUGUAGAAUUUGAUAUAGGCAAAAUGAUGAACAAAGUGAUCCUCAGUGCUUUGGUGGUCCUGUUGGCUUCUGUUUCCAUAAGUGAAGGAAUGACUCUCAGAAGCUUGGGAGUUGAGCUGCACUGCCGCUGCAUCCAGACAGAGAGCAGACCCAUCGGCCGCCACAUCGAGAAAGUUGAGCUGAUCCCCGCCAACUCCCACUGCGAGGAGACAGAGAUCAUUGCUACAAUUAAAAAGACGGGCCAGGAGGUAUGCCUUGACCCCGAGGCUCCAUGGGUGAAGAGAGUCAUUGACAAGAUCCUUAAAAACAAAAGACGCUGAUCAGCCAAGCAAAUGAAGUUGGAUGCUCCAAAGUACCAACAAGUGUUACAUGUGAUCAAGGACUCACCUGAUUUUAAAACAGAAGUGAACAGUUUACUUGAGCAACUGCUGAAGCUGUCAGUAGACAAAUUAUGUUUGUAUCAAACAUUUUAUUGUCAAGCAAACACAUGUGGACAGUCACGCUGUAUGUAUUGCGGCAUUUUCAUUUCAGCUGAGCUUCUACGGUAUGAACUUAUUCUGACUGCCUUAACUUAUGGUCAUAAUAUUUAAUGUAUUUAUAUAUUUUUUUACAUAUACAUUUAUAUACUGUAUGUGAAGGUAUUUUUGUAUUUUUUCACAAACUUUCAAUGAAUAAAAAGACAAGUUGAAAUAUACUUUUGUCUCCUUUUGCCUAAAAGCGAAUGUUGCUUUUUCUGAGUGCUUAAGGACAGGUUUCAAUGGACCUCACAAAUUGGUACGGUUUAAAAUAACUGACAUGGAAAAUUGCUAUCAGCUGUCAAAAAAUUUUAAAUGAUGAAUGUGUUUCGGCUGGAAAAAAAUGCAAAUACCACUUAAAAUUGUGGCUUGUCAAAAUGCUGACAGACUAAAAAUGCUGAGUAACUAGUAAACCAGUAACAAGAGAAACUGAAAUCGGUUUCACUGUUUUUUUCCCCCAAAACAGUCAACUCCAAAUCUUGAUACUACACUACAGCACUUCACAUUCAUUAUUUAUCUAAUGACAAAAACCUUAAAAGCUAAAAACAAAAUAGAUCAUACUCAUGGGGGAUUCUUCUUACUCAGACAAACUGUUGACGUUUGCCACUUGUCAUAUUGAACAUUUAUAA